AAAAAAACAUAAAAAAAAAACAGGGCAAUGAUGCGUAUCCUUUCGAGGAAGUAAGGAAUGUUUACUGAAGAACUCGCUAGUGUGUCCGGCGUCGCCAUGGAGGAAACAACAGUGUAAUUGGUGAUAACUUUGGCCAAGAGGUUGGCAUGUUACAGGAUGAGUUUAAAGCUAUGGAAAGGAAAGAUAUGAAUGCCUUUGGAAAAGUUGCUGAUUUUUCUCUGAGAUCACUCUUUGAUAAAACUAUGACUGACAAAAUGCCUCAACAACUGGUUUCAGAAGUUGAGAAAAAGACUGUUCAUUCCUCAAGUUCUGAUAAAACAAGAGGAGAUGAUUUGCCUUUUAAUCUAAAGAGUAGAUCUGUGGUCUUUAGCUUGAAGGCCUUGAUUGAAAGCGAUAGAACAAAGUACCGUGAAGAAAAGAAAAUAGAGCAGACACCAGCUCAGACACGUGAAAAAAGUAAACAUCAGAAGGAGAAAUAUCUUCUGAAUGUCCUGAAGCUUUACCCAGCUCAAGAAAUUGCAAAAACGGUAUCAGACUGCCAGGUAACAUUAGAGUCUGACAAGGGGCAGCUCCCAACAAAUUCAUCAACUUGUGCUGCCAAUCCAAGUAUAAUAACUACCCCAAGUAAAGAGAUGAAGAGUCAUAGGUACAGUAUCCUAAAACGACUAAGGACAAGUAAACCAUAUGAGAAAGGUAGAGUGAACACCGCAUCAGAAUCAGUGCUGCAGCAUCAUAAGAAAACUUACUCUCCAUUCAGCAAAUACAAACUCCUCUCCAGUAAUAAAUGUGAUCAAGAAGAGUUAAGAGAAAUAGAGCAGUGCCUUCAUCCCACGGCAGGAAGAGCACAAACUGAUAGAGAAUCACUGCGUUCAAGGCAGUUCUGUUCUCUAGGCCCCACAAUGCAAAGAUAUUUGAAGCUGAACUACGACCAGCACAAGUUGGUGACGGAGAAGUACAGUCCUGGCUUCAUAGACACUCACUGCCAUCUUGACUUCCUCUUUAGUAAAUGCAAUCACAUUGGAACAUAUGCAAAAUAUCAGUCAACGCGUGAGGGGCAAGAUGCAUUUCCCGUUUCCUAUGAAGGAUGCAUAGCCAACUUUUGUCAGCCUUGGACUUUUAAAAGGAUAAGUUGGUGGGAGAAUUUUCUGGCUGAGUCUAAUGUGUGGGCUGCAUUUGGCUGUCAUCCUCAUUAUUCAAGUAGUUUUGGAGAUGAAGAGGAAGGUUACUUAAGGCAUGCACUACAGCAUAAAAAGGCAGUGGCUCUGGGGGAAAUUGGCCUGGAUUAUUCUUGCAAGAAUAACCACAGCCGAGAACUGCAGCAGAUAGUGUUUCGACGCCAGCUGAAAAUCGCUUUAGAGUUCAACAAACCUCUUGUGAUUCAUUGUCGAGAUGCAGAUGAGGAUUGCAUAAAUAUUCUGAUGGAGAUUGUUCCUCGAGACUAUGUGAUACAUCGCCACUGCUUCACAGGGAACUGGAGAGAAGCCGAGAGGUGGUUGAGCACAUUUUGCAAUUUAUACUUGGGGGUAACAGCUUUGGUUACUUACCCUUACACUGAGAGAGGAUGCAAUGUUCAGGAUGUUGUGUCUCAGAUGCCCUUAAACAGGCUUUUACUUGAAACAGAUGCACCAUAUUUUAGGCCACACUGUUACCAGGGUCCAGGCCGCUGGUCACACCCCGGCAUGGCUAUACAUGUAGCAGCGCAGGUAGCUUCAUUGAGAGAGAAGAGUGUCCAAGAAAUUUUAGCAUUCACUAGACAGAACACACACAAGGUCUAUGGGGUGUAGGAAAGGCAGUGGAUGUACCUUGGCUGUCUAAGUAACUGUAAUUGGUUUUUGUGUACAUGAUGUUGGAAAUGUUUUUGGAUGGUGAGUGUUAUUCUUAAUACCAUGUUUCUUUCUUGUAUCUUUGAGAAGUUACUGAAUUAAAUGGAUACCGGUGUUUUGUUGUGCAAUAGUAGUGCAAUGUAAAGAUAUGAGUUUAUUGGAAUGAACAAGUCAUAUAUGGAUUUCUACGUGCUGUUGUUAGAAUAUUAAAAGAGUUGUUUGGUUCCUCUGCUUAUUUUUCCCCCUUCAGGAUACUGUAAACCUUUUGCUGAGAUCGUGCAAGAGUAUGUAGCAAAAGUAAAAGCAGCCGUUUUAUGAAACUAACAUGUCAUAAAAAGGAAUUAGGGUAUACAUGGCGCAUGAGAUUUAAGUAAAUGGUGAUUUACAGUAUUAUAUCAACUACAGUUAACUUAAAAACUUUGGUCCAGAGAAAUAAUAAUAUUGAUAAAUAAUACUGACUUUGCUGGCAAUAGAAGAAAUGAGCAUGAUAUCAUUUACUAAACUCUAUCAAAUACUGAACAAAGGACAAAUGUUUCAUUAGUGACCACUUGUCAUGAAAUAGACAUAGAUAUGCCGAGAAAUUGUAGCAGUUUGUCUAUGUACCACGCCUGAAACACUCCUUAUUGGUUUCGUUUCAUAAAAUAAUUAUGCUCCUCUUUUCUUUCUAGCAGUUUGUUUGCUUAAUUUGUAUUGAUUAACACUGUCUGAAGAGGAUUAAAGUCUAAAAAUUAAAUUGGCUGCACUCUUACUUUAUCACUAUUCACAGAAAUUUAUUUAUUCCUGUUUUGAUUUCCCUGAACAAAUGUGAAUCGUAACUAAAAUAACAGUCAGUGUAAGAUAUUGAUAUUUAUUACUCCAAACAUUAUUCAAGCAUUUAUUUCCAGUCUCUCAAAUGACUGUAACUCAUAACAUAUUUCAACAUUUCAAUGUUUUGUAAUGGGUGGGUUUUAAAAGAAAAACAAAUAUAUACAAUAAUCUUUAUCAAUUAAAAAUUGAAUCAGUUACAUCUUUAAUAUUUUCUCUCUUAGGGGUGAUGAGAUAUUUCCAUUCACUCUAACAAAGUUUUUUUUUUUUUUUUUUUUUUUGAGGAUAAACAUUCCUCAGUCUUAGCUAAACAUACUCCUGAUUACAAUGUUCUUAAUAAUAUCAUUACAGAGCAUUUCAUAAACUUGUGAAGGUGGCCUUUUGGAAAAGUAAAGGGUAAUGAUAUUCUAGAGACAUAAUGCUGCAGAAAACAAGCUCCUGACACUCCAAACACAAUAUUAUCUAAUAAAAGUGUCUUUAUAUUUUAGAAACGCACAAAUCUUGGG